GUUACAAAAAAAGUCAUAUGGCUAUUUUUAUUUUGGUUAAAUUAAUUUGAUUUGAAAAUUGUUGAUAAUUUUAUCCAAAAAUCAACAAUAUUUUUUUAUCUUAUCAUGGAUUCUAACAAAGAAAUCAAUCUAAAUGAUGAUAAUUCUAUACGACGAUCAAAACGUAUAGCGGCCAAAAGUGAAGAACAACCAAAUCAAUUGAUCGAUUUAAUCAUGUCAGAUUUAGAUCGUGAAUCAACAAAUUUAAAAAAGAAAAAUGAUUCAAAUUUUUGUAAAAGAAAAAUCUAUAAAAAUAUUGUUAAUAAUAAUAAUAAUUUUGAUGAUAAUAAUGAUAAUAAUAAAAUUUCGGUAUCACGUGAUGAAGGAACAGGUACAUUGUUCGAUAAUGGUUUGCAAGCUGUUAGCAUAAUCGGUGCUACAUAUGUAGAUGAUAAUGAUAUGAAAUCAAAUAAUGAACUAUGUUAUCUGAUUAAAUAUGAAAAUGGUCAAUAUGAAUUGGUAUUGAAUAAAGUGGCCCAUAAAUUCUGUCCAUUGCUGGUAAUUGAUUUCCUGGAAUCUCGUUUAUCAAUCCAAGAUAAAGAUGAUUCGAAUAUUUUGAAAUUUCCCGAUCACCUCGAUUCAAAAGCUAAAAUGGUUUCAUAAUAUAUUUUUAUUUAAAUAUCAUCAUCAUCAUCAUCAAUGUUUUACAAACAUUUUAUUAAAAUUUUUGUAAUUUUUGCACUAAUCGUGAGAU